AUGCUGCGGCUAUUAGAGGAAAUUCCUGACAAGUGGACCGAGGCACCAGAUAUAUAUUCAUUUCGCUCUUUGGACCGCAACUUUGUUUUUCCUGGCGAGCAAGUCCAUAUACUUGCAUGUUUGUCUGCCUAUAAGCAGGAUACGGAAAUUAUUACACCAUUUAAAGUUGCCGCAGUCAUGAAUAAAAAUGUGAUUGGACAGAGAAACAAAGAAAAUGGCAAUGUUGAACAUGUAACAAAUCCUGUUUCUCAAGGAAUGAAAGCGGGUUCUGAUGAGCAAGACAAUCACAAUGGUGAAAAGGUAAUGAAAGAAAAUUCACAAAACAGUGUUUUUGCAGGUGAAUCUCUCCUCAGAAUGAUAGAUCACAGAAGGCAGACUGAAUCAUUGUUGCGAAAAUUUAGAAGUUCCCAUUUUUUUGCUCGGAUUGUGGAGUCAAAUGAACCUCUUUGGUCGAAAAGAAGAGAUUCAGAAGCCUCUCUCAGAACUUCUGAGAUAGUUGAAGGAAAAUUGACAGAAGAUUCUUCAGAAACUCAGAAAAUUGUGAAAAAGAAUCCUAUUAAUGCUGCAAUCGAUAGAGGAAAAUUUGAUGCCUGUGCAUCUGGUGGAGUGGCGAGAGAUGCUGUCAAAUGUUGUUCUCUUUCAAAUGGAGACGUAGUGGUGCUUUUACAGGUUAAUGUUGGUGCUGAGGUUUUGAGAGAUCCCAUCCUUGAAAUUCUUCAAUUUGAAAAGCAUCAGGAAAGAAGUUUAUCCUUUGAGAACCAGCAAAAUCUCUCUUCUCUAAAUCAGGAUCCUUGUGGUGAAUUGUUGAAAUGGCUGCUUCCUUUGGAUAAUUCUAUUCCUCCUCCCUCUCGUCCUUUAUCUCCUCCUAUAUUGAGUUCCAGUUCAAAUGUUCGAAGCUCACCCACAAAACCUAAUUUAUCUGGAUCAUCUGGCUCUCAGCUUUUCUCUUUUGGUAACUUUAGAAGUUAUUCAAUGUCCUCUCUUCCACCAAGCACAACACCGCCUCCAGCAAAUAUAACUCCCAGUGCUAAACCAAGCUUUGACUCGGAAGAUUGGAAUCAAUUUUCAUUUAGAAAGUUUAUGAAAAGUGGAAAAAGUGGAAAUGAAGGACUCUUAUCUUUUCGAGGUGUGCCAUUGGAACCAGAAAGAUUUUCUGUUAGGUGUGGGUUGGAAGGAAUUUUCACACCUGGAAGAAGGUGGAGGAGGAAAAUCGAAAUAAUUCAACCUGUAGAAAUUCAUUCUUUUUCUGCUGAUUGCAACACAGAUGAUCUUCUCUGUGUCCAGAUAAAGAAUGUUUCCCCUGCACAUGUACCAGAUGUUGUGAUAUUUGUAGAUGCAAUAGCUGUAGUCUUUGAAGAGGCAUCACAAGGUGGCCUACCAUUGUCUUUACCAAUUGCAUGCAUUGACGCUGGGAAUGACCACUGUUUGCCAAAUUUACCUCUCAGGAGAGGUGAAGAACAUUCUUUUAUUCUCAAACUCGCAACUUCAUCAUGGAAGUUCCCCAAAGGUCACAGUAGUACAAAUUCACAACCGUCAAGUUUGCUCUCUGGAAGUGCUACAUCAAAUUGGCCAUAUUUUUUCAAUAUUGAAAAGAAAUAUAGUGAAUUGCCUGCCCAUCAUUACGCAAUUCUUGUAUCAUGUCGAUGCAAUUAUACUGAAUCAAACUUGUUUUUCAAGCAGCCAACAAACUGGCAACCUCGUAUUUCAAGGGAUCUUAUGGUCUCUGUUGCUUCUGAAAUGACUCGACAAACUGUUGGAUCCAAUGGAAAUCCGCUUCCAGUUCAGGUCUUGACUCUUCAGGCAUCAAAUAUGACAUCUGAAGAUCUCACAAUGACGGUUCUUGCUCCAGCAUCAUUUACUUCUCCUCCUUCGGUCUUGCCUUUAAAUAAUUCACCAUCAUCACCCUCGAGUCAAUUUGUUGAUUCUUUUGAGUUAGCUGAGAGAGAGAGAAGUGAUAGGCAAGUGGCUGUCAUGAAUACGAUAAACUCAUCGCCACUGAAUAAAGGAGAGAAAGUUAAUGACAAAUCUGUACCGAUACGGGCCAUACCUGAUGUCCUUCCAAGUAGUGAUCUGGGUUGUACACAUUUGUGGUUGCAGAGUAGAGUUCCGCUGGGAUGUGUCCCUGCUCAAUCAAUGGCAACCAUCAAGCUCGAAGUACUCCCAUUGACAGAUGGCAUAAUUACUCUUGAUUCUCUACAGAUUGAUGUUAAGGAGAAAGGUCUUACUUAUGUACCUGAGCAUUCACUGAAGAUAAAUGCAACUUCGAGCAUCACUACUGGUAUAAUUUGAGGCAGUUACUUCAGAAGCUUUGAUUAUUUGAUGGUACCUGGGUUUUGGUGAGACGGUUCAUUUACUGCAUGACUCCACGCUGUUACCUUUAUAUUUAAGUGAACUAUUGCUUACGGCUAGUUUGGGGCCGACUUCUAUGCCAUAUUUGUACCUUGUUAUAGAUAUAGUGUAAAGUAGACAAGAUGGUGAAAACUUUUGUCUGGCAAUAUGAAUGGCCAAGUUAUGGAACAUUACCGCAAUAUACUAGCUUUCUGGUUAACAUUCAUUUCAAUGCUGUCAUUUUGUUAUAAUUUUUUCC